CGGCCGAGCAGGGCGGCACCGCCAUGGCCUCCAACGAUUACAGCCAGACCGCCACACAGAGCUACGGGGCCUACCCCGCCCCGCCGACACAGGGCUACUCGCAGCAGAGCAGCCAACCCUACGGGCAGCAGAGCUACAGCGGCUACAGCCAGCCGGCCGACGGGGCGGCCUACAGCCAGAGCAGCUACAGCUCCUCCUACGGACAGGCGCAGAGCAGCUACAGCACGCAGUCGACGCCGCCGACCUAUGGCAGCAGUGGAGGGUACGGCGGUGGGCAGAGCUCACAGCCAUCCUAUGGGCAGACCUCCUCCUACCCCAGCUACAACCAGCCGCCCUCCGCCAGCUCCUCCGCCGGAAGCUAUGGGGGCAGCUCCCAGAGCUCCAGCUACGGGCAGCCGCCCAGCUCCGGCUACAGCCAGCAGUCCUCAUACAGCAGCCAGCAGCCCUCCUACAGCCAGCAGUCCUCAUACAGCGCGCCGCAGAGCUACAGCCAGCAGAGCCAGUACAGCAACAGCGGCUCCUCCAGCAGCUAUGGGCAGGAGCAGGCCCCGCUGAGCAGCUCAGGAGGAUACCAGGAGCAGAGCUAUGGAGGGCAGCAGGAGCGCAGCCGCGGGCGCGGAGGGUACGGCCGGGGCGGCUACGAGCGCGGUGGCCGUGGUAGCCGGGGAGGCCGUGGAGGCAACAUGGGCGGUGGUGAGCGUGGUGGCUUCAAUAAAUUUGGUGG